GCUCGACUAUCCAGUAAAAUGAAGAAGCCCGCACCAGAAGGUCAAAAAACCAAAAUCCUCCAAUAAAAUUCUACAAUUUUAACCAUUCAAAAAAUGCCAAUCAACAAUCAAACUGAUAAAAACACAGACACUCCCAAAAAUCCCAAAAACUAAUCAAAAAAUUGGAAACCGAAAUGGCCCAAAAUCAAAGACCCAGAAGCAUAAUUGAUUCACUUGGAGAAGAAAUAAUCAGAAUUAUAACACCAGUUUCAAUCUGCAUGUUAAUUGUGGUGGUUCUGGUUUCAAUCCUUAAUGAGACGGACAAUUCUUCGACAUCAACUACAAUUAACACUAUAGCUACAAUAGCAUACACUGAAACGAGCUCAGAUUCUUUAUGGGAUAAACUCAAAGGUGCCCUUUUGAACUCACUUGUGUUUGUGGCUGUUGUCACUGUUGUUACUUUUGUUCUGGUGCUUCUUUUUUAUUUUAGAUGCACUCAGUUCUUGAGAUUCUAUAUGGGCUUUUCUUCUUUUAUUGUUUUAGGAUUUAUGGGUGGUGAAAUUGCCUUGUUCUUGAUUAAAGAUUUUAGCUUUCCUAUUGAUUGUUUUAGUUUUUUGUUGAUUUUGUUUAAUUUUGCUGUUGUGGGUGUAUUGGCUGUGUUUAUGUCAAAAAUGGCUAUAUUUGUAACACAGGCUUAUUUAGUUGUUAUUGGGGUUUUAGUUGCUUAUUGGUUUACUCUUUUGCCUGAAUGGACUACUUGGGCAUUGUUAGUUGCCAUGGCAUUGUAUGACCUUGCUGCUGUUUUACUGCCUGUUGGUCCAUUAAGGCUCUUGGUUGAGCUUGCAAUAUCUAGGGAUGAAGAUAUCCCUGCAUUGGUUUACGAGGCUCGGCCUGUCGCUGGUCAUGAUUCAGGCUCAACAAAUGGUGUGGCUCAAAGGAGGGUAUGGAGAGGUAGGAGGAAUGUAGGAGAUGGUUCUGAGGAGAAUUUAGAUUCAAACUUGAGUAGUGGUACAGUCAGUUCAGUUGAUAGUGGCCAUCACACCACAAGAUUGCUUAGAGCUGAAGAGGGGCAAGUUUCGGAAACGGAAGCUGAGCUAUCUGCACCAUUAAUUGAUCGUAGGAGCACACAUCAGUUGCAUGUGCAGGGAGAUGCUGCAUCAAGCGAAAAUUUGCUGCUAGAGGGUAUUGGCUUGGGGUCAACUGGAGCUAUCAAGCUGGGAUUGGGAGACUUUAUCUUCUACAGUGUAUUAGUUGGAAGAGCAGCAAUGUACGACUUUAUGACUGUAUAUGCAUGCUAUCUUGCUAUUAUAGCUGGUCUGGGCAUUACAUUGCUGCUAUUGGCAUUUUAUCAGAAAGCUUUGCCAGCUCUUCCAGUGUCAAUUGCACUAGGGACUCUGACUUCUCAAAAGAGUUUUGGAAGCCAAAGGUGUCGAGUGUCUAACUACGAGAGCCAUUUUCGUAUUGCAAAAUUUGGUGAAGGCAAGACAUAACCGAUUCCAAGGGGACCCGGAAGCCGCUCUUACAAUUCUCUUCCAGCUUUAGCUUCUCAUCAGUUUAACACAAGCUUCAUUUGGUGGUACAUAAGCUAUAUGUACUGCAUUUAACAGCAUGUUAAGUUCUUACUGAUUAUUGUGCAUUUGUUUAGCAUUGGCAUGCUGAAAUGGUUUUGCUUCGGGUUUGUUCAGGCCGGUAGUUUCUUGCUCCAGCAACACCUGUUUACCUUCUGUUUCUGCCUUUUAUAUAUACGGGGCCGAGACAUGGUUUUCUUUUAGCAAAUGGAUAGAGCCUUGACUUCACGGCUCUAUUCUUCCAGCAAAUUUAUGGUAUUAGAAUGCUUUAAGUUGUCCUGACGUUCAAUUUUGCUGCAGAAAAACUUUAAUGUGGUACGACUCUUAAGGUGUUUCUUAGA